AUGACCCACAACUCUGGGAGCAGCCCCGGCACUUCUGACAUUAUUAAAUAAUAAGAAAGAGGAUCCUUCCCCAACCUCAGGCACAUGCACACUCAUACACACACACACACACACACACACAUACAUACACACACUCGCACACACUCACAAGUGGACACCUUCUAAGAGUUUGGCGAGUCUCGAAGACUGAGCUCAGCAAGCGGGUUCCUUGGAAGGUGUGUGGAAAAGCUUUUUUUUUUUCCUCCUUUUUUUCUUUUCCCCCUUGGAUGACAGCUCUGGAGGCAGCGCGGUGGUGAGGGGAGCCAAGGGGUAAAUAUCAGCUGAUCAGCGCCCAGUGGCAGCAGCGAGCACCCCAGACAGCCCUCCCAGCAGCAGCAGCGGCGGCGGCGGCGGCGGCGGCAGUGGCGGCAGUGGCAUCGGCCACCGCCAAGAAAGGCAGCCAAGGGAGCAGCUCUGGAGAUAAUUAGGAUUUACCAGUCCUUGGAUCAAGUGCUUGGAAACCUUUAAGUUCCAUAGUCAGCUGCCAUUUCAGAAAACAGAAAAUAGAUGGUUUUGGAAAGUUCCUGCUGUGCCUUCAUAGAGUUUUAGAAUGAUUGAAGAUAGUGGGAAAAGAGGAAAUAACAUGGCAGAAAGAAGACAGCUAUUUGCAGAAAUGAGAGCCCAAGAUUUGGAUCGCAUCCGGUUAUCUACCUACAGAACAGCAUGCAAGCUUAGAUUUGUUCAGAAGAAAUGCAAUUUACAUCUGGUGGACAUUUGGAACGUCAUAGAAGCCCUGAGGGAAAAUGCCCUGAACAACCUGGACCCAAAUAUAGAACUAAAUGUGGCCCGCCUGGAGGCUGUGCUUUCAACCAUUUUUUACCAGCUCAACAAAAGGAUGCCGACCACUCACCAGAUCCACGUGGAACAGUCUAUCAGCUUACUGCUCAACUUCCUGCUUGCAGCCUUUGAUCCGGAAGGCCACGGUAAAAUUUCAGUAUUUGCUGUCAAAAUGGCCUUAGCUACUCUAUGUGGAGGAAAGAUCAUGGACAAAUUAAGAUAUAUUUUCUCAAUGAUUUCUGACUCCAGUGGAGUAAUGGUUUAUGGGCGAUAUGACCUAUUCCUACGGGAAGUCCUCAAACUUCCCACUGCGGUGUUUGAAGGUCCGUCAUUUGGUUAUACAGAGCAGUCUGCCCGAUCCUGUUUCUCUCAACAGAAAAAAGUCACUUUGAAUGCUUUCUUGGACACACUCAUGUCUGAUCCCCCACCUCAGUGUCUGGUCUGGUUACCACUUCUUCAUAGACUGGCAAAUGUAGAAAAUGUCUUCCACCCUGUUGAGUGUUCCUAUUGCCAUAGUGAGAGCAUGAUGGGAUUUCGCUAUCGAUGCCAGCAGUGUCACAAUUACCAGCUCUGUCAGGACUGCUUCUGGAGGGGACAUGCCAGUGGUUCCCAUAGCAACCAGCACCAAAUGAAAGAGUACACGUCAUGGAAGUCACCUGCUAAGAAGUUAACAAAUGCACUAAGCAAGUCUCUGAGUUGUGCUUCCAGUCGUGAACCAUUGCACCCCAUGUUUCCGGAUCAGCCUGAAAAACCACUAAACCUGGCUCAUAUCGUAGAUACUUGGCCUCCCAGACCUGUAACCAGCAUGAAUGACACACUCUUCUCCCACUCUGUUCCCUCCUCAGGAAGUCCUUUCAUAACCAGAAGGUUACUUGAGGGUAUGAGUGCAGCCAGUCCUGUGGCUGAUGAGCAUUCUCUCAUAAAGCUGUAUGUAAAUCAGCUUCACAACAACUCACGCUCUCCUCACAAGAACAAUGAAGUAGAGCAGAGCAAACUCCUGGCUAGGGCUGCUCCAAUUUUUCUGAAAGGCAAAGGGUUACGCUACAGCCUGGAUGUUGCAGACAGGCUAGCUGAUGAACAUGUUCUCAUCGGGUUGUAUGUCAACAUGCUUCAGAGCAACCCCUCACGUAUGCUCGAUAGCCCCAAUCGUCUUGAUGAGGAACACAGACUGAUUGCCAGAUAUGCAGCAAGACUGGCAGCAGAGACAUCCUCAUCUCAGCCUAGUCAGCAAAGGGGUGCUUCUGAUAUCUCUUUCACCAUUGAUGCAAAUAAACAACAAAGGCAGCUGAUUGCAGAACUUGAAAACAAGAACAGAGAAAUCUUACAGGAGAUCCAGAGGCUACGGCUGGAGCAUGAACAGGCUUCUCAACCCACCCCAGAAAAGGCCCAGCAGAAUCCUACUCUCCUAGCAGAGCUCCGUCUUCUCAGACAACGCAAGGAUGAGCUAGAACAGAGGAUGUCUGCUCUUCAGGAGAGCCGGAGAGAGCUGAUGGUCCAGUUAGAAGGUCUCAUGAAGCUACUAAAGGAAGAAGAACUGAAACAGGGAACUCAAGGGGCAGGUUCUCCACGUUCUUCUCCCAGUCACACAAUAAGCAGGCCUAUUCCUAUGCCCAUCAGAUCAGCCUCGGCCUGCUCUACCCCAACCCAUACACCUCAGGACUCUCUGACAGGGGUAGGAGGAGAUGUACAAGAAGCCUUUGCACAAAGCACAAGGAGAAAUUUAAGGAAUGACUUGCUUGUGGCUGCAGACUCCAUCACUAAUACCAUGUCCUCCCUGGUGAAGGAGCUAAACUCAGAGGUGGGGAGUGAGACAGAGAGUAAUGUGGAUUCUGAAUUUGGGAGGACCCAGUUUGAUGACCUGGUUCCAUCACCCACUUCUGAAAAGGCUUUCCUUGCACAAAUCCAUGCCAGAAAACCUGGGUAUCUUCACAGUGGAGCUGCCACUGGCACCAUGCGCAGUGAUAUGGUUACAGAAGAUGGAGACCCUUAUGUGAGGACUGAGGAUGAAAAUUAUGAAAAUGACUCGGUCCGUCAGUUGGAAAAUGAGCUCAAGAUGGAAGAAUACCUGAAGCAGAAACUACAGGAUGAAGCCUACCAGGCAAGCUACAGUCAGACAGAUGAUGACAGUUAUGUGAAAACAGAUGAUGAUGAGAGCUGCGUCCAGACAGAGGAAGAAGACAACACCCUGGCUGCCAACCUCACUGAAGAAUGGAACAGACAUGUAGGGCAGCUCCUGACAAGAAACCCCAACCCCUGACAUUGUCUGCCUGCUGAAUGUAGCACUGCUAACCCUUGUUCUAAGAAUUGUAGUUUGUAGGUGUGUGUUUUGAGACAAAAAAAAAAAAAAGACUUUCUUUUAAAGUUAAUCGGCUGCAUCUUCUGUCACAUGGCUCAUCACUGAUGAAGAACCCAAGCUGAAACACAGCGCCAUGGCAGUAUUUAACAAAACAUUUUAAACCUUUGCACAUGAUGUUGAACCUGUUCAGUUUACAAUGACGAUAUUAAUACUGUUUAUAGCUAGGAGUUUGAUUUCUGAAUACUUUGAGAUUUUAGUAGAACAAUUUACUAUACACUGUACAUUUUUUUUUUUCCACAAGCAAUUGUAAAAAGCAACCCCUUGUAGUUAUUCAUUAGCCCUAAAGGAUUCUGUUCCUGGCUGCAGUGCCUGCUUGGAACCCAGAAGCCAAGAAGUUGGCAUAGUCUGUUACUUGAUUGCAAGUCUCUGUAAAAAAAAAAUAAAUAAAAGGAAGGAAGGAACGAACGAAGGAAGGGAGGGAGGGGAAAAAAAUUGACUGACUGUACCAAAUGCAGCAGGAUGGCCCUAUUCUCUAGGCUAAUGUAUAACUUGGGGUUGUUUUCUUUCAAGAUACUCUAAUAAAUCAGCCAUAGAAUUUAGUGUAAAUAUUUUUUCCAAAUAGAUAUCAUAUACAAAAAAGGCAACAUUCAAAUUAUAUAGAAUCUAGUUUUUAAAUCAGCACAGAUCUUCUUAAAACUGUGAACUAUGUUUUGAAAUACUCGUUACUAAAGCUGUUUAUAAACCACAGGUGCCAUAAGAUUCCCCAAACCAAUUAAAAUCCCCUAUGCUCUUCCAUGCUCUCGUUUCAUUGUCGUUUGGGCUUUCAGAAGCAUGUCUUCAACACCUCUCCCUGCUCAGUCUCAUCUGUUCCCUAUCAGGUUGUUUGGAGGCCUUCAGCUUUAAAUGUACAGGCUUAAAGUGCGCUUGCUAGUGUUGCCUCUCCUAUUUUUUCCCCCUGAAUGUUUUUUUGUUGUUGUUUUUUGCCUUAGUAGGCCACGAGGUAUGCUCAAUGCAGGUUAUGGAAGUGCAAAAGAAGACUGGCUUAUUCAGAGGACAACAGAAGGGAAAUUGAAAAUGCAGUGAGGAUUGUGGGAAGGAGAAGGAGAGAAGCUAGGGACAGUCUUUUGUAGCACUCGAUAAGGUAGAUGGAAGGGAGAAAUGUUCUUUGGGCCUUUCAAAGUUAUUAUUUUGUAAAUGAACAUUUUAGAUUUGUUGCCCUAAAAGUAGGAUAUAUUCUAGUCAUUCCCUUUCUUCCCUGAAACUUUAGAAAGGAAAUGAUGGAACAACACAAAUAAAAUUUUCUUUUGGGAAAUCCAUUUGGGGACAUUGUAAGAAUCCUGAAAAGAUUUCUCAGUUAUCCCCUCACUUACUCUCUGAUUCCUGGGGCCCACGUUCAGUGACUGUGUCCUGCAUCUUAGGCUCCCAAAGCCUUGGGCCCUGCCCACACGUGAUCAGAAGGGAAGGCUGCCCAACAGAGAGUACAUGUCGGGUCAGAUGUUUUUCAGCUCAAUUUCCGGAGGGCUAGAAGACCUUCAUCCCUGUGCAGUUGCUCUGAAGUAGCCUUCCUCAGGGUUAUACUUACGUAAUUAAAAAUAAAUCAGAGGCCAUGCUUGUCUGAGGUAGAUCAUAGGGAACCCUGUGCUAGGGUGAGCACAGACCGAAUAUCACUGACACCCCGGGUCAGCAUUGGAACAGUGCCCAGGUUUCUUACUCAUUGGGCAUUGCUUUCACUGGGUGUGUUUCUUUUCCCUUCUACAUAUCAUUCAUAUGACCCUUAGAAUAUUAGAUCCUUGAGAGGAGGGAUUAUUUUAUUCUUGGUCUUGAUAGUGCCAUCUCCUAGCACAGUACCUGGCGCAUAGUAGGCACUUAAUGAAUGCUCACUGUUUGGGUGGCAUCUGCUAGUCUCCCAUAAAGGCAGGCCGUACCAAUGACAGCAUAACCCUCCCUGCCCCCACCAGCCAGGAAGAGCAACCACUGGUGCCUCAUGCUCAAGCUGAAAUCACUCAGCUUUGAAUUGCAGCCAAGUAAUUUCUGAAUACAGUCCCACAUGGCCAAUGUUGCAUCCCCUAGGGACCUUGAGCAGCUGACAGAGCUGCCAAAACAUGUCAUCAUUUUUUUUUCACAUUGAAAAGCUGGUUUACAGUUUAAGGCAUUAUAGGGACAUGCCAUCAGACUCUCCUUUGGGCAUAGGGAUUGGGGUACCACCCACUGUUCAUCAGGCAGAUGCAAUAGAAUCAGGCCACUGCAAUGCCUUCCCUGGGGGUCAUUUUCAAUGACCUAUUUCAGAAUAGCCAGCCACCUGACAUUUUUCUCAGCUCCACAUCAGCCCUACAGACCAGAUCCAAGCCCCCAAAUCCUGCGGUUGAAAAGAGGUGGCAUUUUUUUUUUUUUGCUUUGUAUUUUGGUUCUCCAGGUUUACAUUUUGAGUAUUUUCUUAAUGCAAAGCCCAGCAGGUCUCUGUCUGUCCAUUUGAUACAAUUAUAUCUUGUGGUGGUUGUUUCUCGUUCAUUCAACAACAAAUUACACACUCAUGGCCCAUAGCAAUGGUAACAUUCUAGUGCACAGCAUAAACACAUGGCCUGACCCCCAAGACAUGGCACCUAGGUCAUGAGAGGGCUAGGCUAAUCAGGAUCCAGAGUACUGUUGCAGUUGGUCAGGGUCGGGGUUGAAGGAAACUAUUGCAGAUGGUUCAAAGGGAUGUUUGAAGAAAAAGGUGAAGAGUCUCUUGAAUGAUCUCCCACAAGGCAGUGAUGGUUCAUCUGCAUGUAGGCCCGUGAACUGAAUUGCAUUGAAGGAGUGUGGCCUUUGUUAUGAUAGAAUAUGUAUUUUUCUUAUAUGCAUGAGCCAAACUGUUGCAUCUUAAUUUAGCACAGGUGUCUGCCUUUAUUUUGAUCAUCUUUGUCCGCCCCUUAUGAGUUCUUGGCUGUUAACUGUAGAUAGCUCUUGUAAAUAAUGCAACCUCAGGUUGCUAUGAUCACCUUGGUUCAAUUCAGCGCAAGGAGCCACAAACAGCAACUCCACUGUGUCCUCAGCAGAAAGGGCAUUUUUACUUUUGAACCAAAAAAUAAAUUAUACAUAUAUAUAUAAAGAGUUACAUCUUGAGGCUACUAACUGUAAGAAUUUUUAAUUAUGACUACUGUAAUUUGACACCAUUUGAAACAAAGGAUACAGAGACACUAAAGAUUUCACAAUAUUCAUUGGUAUUGUAACAAAACUACUAUUGUAUGGGUUUUUUUGUAUUGCUGUUAAGUAUUGUUUUGUGUGUGUGUGUUGGAACCUACUGGGGACAUGUUAUAUUUUGAAGUGAUUAAACUAUUUAAUUGUGUGUCUAUAUUUUGGAAUGGAAUUAUUUCUUCAUUAAAAAAAGGUUUUUAAAAAUA